AUGACGGAGUUGUUGUCGGAAAGUGAUCCAUGUGGCCAGCAGUUGCUGGCCUUGGUGUCGCGUGGACACGCCAUUAUUGCCGAACUUCAGCGGCUUGCGAAUGUUGUGCCGCCAGUGUUUCGGCUGGAUACCAAGCGAGACAAGACGCAGUAUGGCGAUUUGAUGUUCGACUUCAACUACUUUUCCCACUCGGACGCCAUCAAUUCCAAGAUAGAAAGCAACGAGAAAUUGUUGGACCUUGACGAGGAACUACGAGAGAAUUACUCUGAGAUCGUGACGCGAUUCUUUCGUUGCUUCGAGAGUGUCUACAAGUAUGCUGUCGAUCUCAACAGAUUCGUGGAUGACCUGGAAAAUGGAGGAUACAUUCACCAGACUCUGGAAACGGUGUUUUUGUACGACGAUGGGAAGCAGUUGAUGUGCGAGGCGUUGUUUCUGUACGGAGUCAUGUUGCUGUUUGCGGACUGGGAGAUUGAGGGCGUCGUCCGUGAGAGACUCUUGGUUGCGCAUUACAGAUUUUCAGGUCACCGUUCCGCUGGUGGUUCAAACGUGGACGACGUGUGUCGGUUGUUGCGGUCGUGUCCGGGCCAGCGGUGGUCCAACGGCUACCCAGAGGACCUUUUCCGACGAGUUCCCGUAUCUGAAUCUUUCGUGAAAUCCGUAGUGGGCAAACUGCGAUCUGACGAUGUGUAUAACCAAGUCAGGUGCUACCCGAGCGCCGAUCACCGAAGCGUGGCAUUGGCUUCACAAGCCAGUUUACUCUUUGUCACGCUGUUCUUCACGCCGACUAUGCUGAGAGAUCAAGCACCUCGGAUGCGUGAAGUAGUGGAUAAAUUCUUUCCCGACAACUGGGUCGUGGAUAUCUACAUGGGCAAGAGUGUGUGUCUGGUGGAGGCGUGGGACUCGUUUCGGGCCGCGCGUUCAGCCCUGUCCAACAACCUGGAGCCGCGAUAUGUGCGCACUCUGGCUGGGGACCGGUGUGGGGCCGUGGCCGGGCUGCUGGACCAGACGCAAGCCCGCCUGCGACAGGGCCAUCUGACGCGUGAAGUGUUGCUGGACGAGGGGAACCGGAUACUCAACCUGUUGCGGGACUGUAACGCGUGUCUUCGCUGGCUCACGCUGCAUGCGUUGGCAGGAGCAGGGACAGGUGGUGGUGGCAGUAGCGGCGGCGGUACGUGUAGGGCAAGUAUGCAGCUGAGGGACACCGUCGUCAAGGACGCCAAUUAUUCGGCGGCUCGACUCACUGCGCUCUUGCUGGACACGGCCGAGUUGGAGUUGCGCGUGCGGGACACGUACAAGUCGCUGUUGUCGGAGAAGGAAGACAAGUGGAAAUCGACGCGACAGGAGUGCGUGGAGCGGAUGACGGAGUUGGCGGACGUGUUGUCGGGCACGAAACCGUUGACGAAGGUGGAAAAGAAUGAGAGUCUGGAGCGGUGGUGUAGAGACAUUGCGAGUCGAUUGGCGCAAUUGGAGUAUGCGAGCGCAGGACCCGCUACUGCUGCAGCCACGGGACGCAAACUCAUCCAGAUCGUGGAGGCAUUGCGAGAAGUGGGUGAAUUGCCGCAGGCUGACCAGAGUGCCCAGGUUAAGCAAUGGAUCGAGGAGACGGCAGCAACUCUCAAAUACAUGCUGCGCCUUCUGACUCUCAAGGAAGAGUUUCUGGUGACGCUGCAGGUAGUCGGAGAUCUUAGCUACGCCUGGGAAUUGUACGAUGGACUCGUGCCGGAGAUUCAGAAACUGAUCGCCGAAAAUCCUGCGAUUGUGGCCAAACUGAGGGCUACGUUCCUCAAGCUUUCGUCUGCGAUGGACAUGCCGUUGCUUCGAAUAAAUCAAGCUCGAAGUCCCGACCUCAUUUCGGUGAGCAGGUAUUAUUCCGGAGAAGUGGCAAACCGCGUCAGGACGACGCUGCAGAUCGUUCCCGAAUGCAUGUUCCGACUUUUGGGCCAGGUUAUGGACGUGCUCACCAACAAGAUGCCGGAUGUGCCGACGCGGCUGGACAAGGACCGACUCCGCGACUUUGCGCGGCCCGAAGACCGGUUCCUGGUGGCCCGACUCACGGACUCCAUUUCCCUGUUUUCCCAGGGCAUCUUGCUCAUGAAGACGACGCUGGUGGGUGUGGUGGAGCUGGACCCCAAGCGUCUUUUGGAAGACGGCAUCCGGAAAGAAUUGGUGAAGCGAUUGGCCUGGGCGCUGCAUUCCGGCCUCCGCUUCUCCAACGCGCCGGACCAAAAGCUGGCCCGCCAAUUGGCGGCACUUGGCCGAGAAACGGAGGGCUUUCGGCGCUCGUUUGAGUACAUGCAAGACUAUGUAGACCUGCCGGGGUUGCGGAUUUGGCAAGAGGAAUUGUCGCGGAUCGUCAACUACAACGUGGAGCAGGAGUGCAACUUGUUUGUGCGCAACAAGGUGCUCGACUACCAGAGCGUGUAUCAGAGUCGGACCGUUCCGAUCCCGCGUCUUCCGCCGUCGAGUGCCGAGUCGGCGACGUUUGUAGGCGCCUUGGCCCGCGAGCUGCUGCGUCUCACUGACCCCAAGGCGACGUUGUGGUUGGAGUCGGUGUGGACUUGGUUUGAGGCCAGGACGGUGUCGAGUAAAACCGGCGCCACGACGGCGUUGGUCAGUGGGCGAGCGUUGAAGGCUGUGCGGGACAGUGUCGGCACUGCUGGUCUCUACGGGCUCCGUCGCAUUUUAGGGUUCAUGCUCGUCAAGGAAUUGCAGGAGUUUCUAGCGCAAUGCGAGCGUCAGUUCGUGGCAGACAGGCCUGUGAAAGAGGCUCUGGAUGAAAUGGCCAAGGGAAUGCAGUGGCGAACUGCGACUGCGUUGGCCAACCGUCACUGGAAAAGCUGGUCGACGCUGCUGGACUCGCUGGCCCGCGUGGGCCAGAUGCAGGUGCUGCGUGUCCUCGCCGCACACGAACUAGAAGUGACGUGUCGGGCGGAUGCCCAGCAUUUGGCUGCCAGUUUGGACACGCUGAACCGGGCCUUGGUGACGGACCUGAGACGGAAACAGCGGCAGCGAGAGAAGGACCGUCGUUUGCCGGUUUCCGGUUGGAAGGAGACGGAGGAUGGUAGAAUCGGGCCAGAUAAUCCGCUGUUGUUUGACGUGGCCAGUUUUGCGGACCACGCUGGAAUGGUUGACUCCAACAAGAUUUUUGUGACGGUGUCCAACUCGGAGCUUCGAUUACCGCUUGUUAUUGCUGUCUUAGUGUCCCACGCAGCCGGGAAACAGUGGACGUACAUGCGAACAGUUGACAAGGUGGUGCCGAAAAAGCACGACGGUGGGACGUCGGAUCCAAGCAUGGUGGCUCACGGGAUCGCGACAGUGUUUCACCAGCUGCAUCCGGACAAUUUGAGACUAUUUUUACGACAUUUGUCUUCUUUUUCGUGCUACCAGUUUGAACGAGGCACGGGCUCUGCAGACGUGGUGCCAGUGGACGCCACUGUUGUCUCCAUGUUCGUGGACCAGGUGGCCAAGGCUGCUGGGCUGGACAGGCACGAACUGGAGACCCUGUGGCCCAAGGCCCUUCUGGACUUCAGUCGUCGCAUUUUCAAUCACGGUUUGGUCAAUCGGGAACUGAUUCGGAAAAAAGUGGAAUUGCACAAGAAGAUAAAGCGCUUGAAAGAGGCCAAAUUAUUGAAGCAACUCGACAAGCGUUUGGCGGCGUCCGAAGAAGCCAAAAAUGCUGCGAUCGUCAACACUGAAGCUAGGAAAAAGAAGAAGAAGAAACCCGCUUUGUCGAAGCGGAAAAAGAAGGAAAAAUUGAAGGCGCUCAUGAAUUCCCACGUUUUACCUGGUGCGAAGAAGAAGAAAGAGAAGAAGAAGAAGACUUUGCCGGAAGAAACGACGACGACGACGAGCAGCGCCAACGGAGAACCGGAAGAGCUCGACGCCCAAUGUGAGAGAAUGGAAGAAGAGGAGGCAGUAAAAGAAGAAGAAGAACAACAACCAGGCGCCCCGAGUGAACCGCCCGAGGCGUCCGUCGAGACAGACGCCAAAACGAAGAAGAAGAAGCAGCGCUGGGCCAGGCCUCAAGACGAGGGCGUGCAAGAGAAGACAAAGCGGAAAGUGAUGCGUCGUUUGCGAGAAGCGGAGCUGGCCUGUUGCAUCAGCAUAGCUGUCCCAGGCUCAGUCAUCGACAAUGCCCAGUCGGCGGAAUUGCGGAGCUACGUCGCGGGCCAGAUUGCGCGAGCCGCCACGAUUUACCGGGUGGACGAAGUCAUCGUGUAUGACGACACGAAGCCGACGACGACGUCUGCUUCGACGGAAAACGGUUGCGAGGAACGAUACACUAAACGCGAGGAUACGGAUUACGAGGAAGACGCGUUUCGUGGUGGAUUUCAAAAGGGCCGAGGCGCUGUGCAGCUGGCCCGGAUAUUGCAGUACCUGGAAUGUCCGCAGUACUUGCGUCGAGCCCUUUUCCCCGUGCAUCCGGAUCUCAAGUACGCUGGCCUUUUGAACCCACUCGACGCCCCGCAUCACAUGCGACGCGAUGAGGCCAGUCCAUACCGGGAAGGCGUCGUUCUGGACAGGCCUCACAAGGGCGACGGUUCUCUGGUGGACGUCGGGCUGGACCGUCCCGCGCGAGUGGACAAGAAACUGGUGCCGGGCACGAGGGUCACUGUGUCCAUGCAGCAAGCUGGUCGGGGCAAGCUCGUGAGUCCCAGGACACCCAGGGAAACCCAUGGUCUCUAUUGGGGCUACGAGGUGAGGUACGAAACAGGCGGUUUAUCGAAGGUGCUGCAAAACAGUGCGCGUCCGAACGAGCGGUACGAUGUGAAGAUCGGCACUUCAGAUGCCGGUACAGACGUGACGGCCUUGGACGUGUCCCGCUCAAACAAGGGCGACGCGGAAAACGCCCGGCGCCUCCCGCAUCGCAUCCUGAUCGUGUUUGGCGGAUUAGACGGCCUGGAGACGGCGAUUGAGAAUGACGCUGAGAAUCUGCGACGAAAGGACAAGGACGCCACGCCGACUGAUAUUUUUGACCACUACGUGAACGUGUGUCCUGAGCAGGGUUCGAGGACGAUUCGGACGGAAGAAGCUGUGUUUAUUGCCCUGGCCAGGAUUGUUCCUGCUGUCGCGAAUGUUUUUCGGGAUUGGCAAAACGUGACGGCGAGUGCGGAGAGCGAUGUGUGGAAGUCGGCCAAAUUCCGGAAGUCGCUGCAGGACCAGGUGCUGACGGAACUGAUUCGUCUCUGUUCGGGUUCCAUGUCCGGCGACGCGACGUCGGCGCAGAACCUGAGCAGGACGGCGAGAAUAGCGGUGGACGCCGCCUGCGACGCCCUCUUGCAGCAGGAGAAGAAGAAGGCGACGACGACGAAGCAAGUCCUGUAUCCUGUGCCCGCGAACGCCCCCAAGUACUCGGCAACACCCAAAGAUGUUCUCGAACGAAUGAGGAGCGUGACGCAAGAGCGAUCAGACGUGCCGACCUACAGUCCAGCGGUGGCCCCGCCGUCGACGGGCAGUUCCUCGCCGACGCCGUCGAUGCAGCACCAGCAACUGCUGCAGCAGGUAGACGAGGACAACGCGUCCCAGUAUUACGACUCGCAAGCAUUAUUCAUUGAAGAGAACCCGGUGGAAGAAGACGAAAGCUUGAUGUGCGAUUCAGCCAAGGACGUGAAGGUAUUUGCCGCACCUUUGCCUCCGGAGAAAGCGGCAUUGCCGCCUCGGAAGAAAAUCGUGGUGAACACGGAGCGUCCCAUUGGCACUAUCCGUCCGCUGGGCUCCGUCUCGACUACCCGGAUUGACACUCUGGAAGACAUGUUUUGUCCCGUGUCGCCGGAUAUUAAACUGUUCAAGGCGCCGUUGCCGGUUGUUGUGGCGGCGACGGCGACGAAAUCGGUGACUGGUGGUGCCAAAGCGGCGGAUGCGAAAAGCGACACCCGCGUUCCGGUGGAAGAGGAGCAGGAGCCGACCUUGACUCAGCAAAUGCAGACGAUUCACGGUUCUCAGAUGAAAAAUGAGGGAAUGCGAUCCUCGACGGCAGCGAAGGGAUCGUCGGAAGCCGGGCAGACGGCGGCUGCAGACGAUCUCUCGUUGACGCAGAAACUGGAGGACAUGUUUGACCAGGCGUCGCCGCGACUGCCGCUACCGGCGCCGAAACCGAUCGUCAUCAAGCGAGAUCCCGACUUGAUCGACAUGGAUGAAGACGAGGCGCUUUUCCAUGAAGACUACGGAAUCGACUACUCGACGAUGGAACCCGCUGAUUAUUAUGACGCAGAUAUGGAAGAACAUGUCCUGCAGGCGAAAAGUGGACCAUCCUUUGAAGAAGCCCUGGGUUCGACGGCCGCACCUGGUUCACGAAAGCGCGCCAGAAGCAGUAGUUCAUCAGCAGCGGAUCAAGCAUUUGACAAGCUGCGCAAGACUGAGAAUUCCGGCGUCAAGAAAGACGAGGAUCGCCGUCACCGCCACAACAGCAGCAAGAGCAAGCGGCAUUCCAAGAGUGGCGGCGGCGGUGGUGGCGGCAGUGAGGAGGACUCGAAGGACCAUCGACGCGACAAAAAGAAGCACAAGAAGAAACGAACGAGGGACGUGAGCAGCCACAGUCACAGUAGAAGUCGCACAAAGCACGAGAACAAGGCGCCGAAAAGAGAAGCGAAACAGGAGGAGGAAAUGAAGAAGAAACCGAAGAUGGAAGCCGUGACGAAAAUUAAGAAACGUUUCGUGUCGGCGGCUCUGCGCGAAAAGAAGAAAGCUAGAAGAGAGCAGUACAAGACCUUUCGGACGACGUUGACCAAGAUGAACGUUCUCUGGGACACGACGGAAUCCAGCUCCGAUUCUUCGGAAGAGGAAGAAGCCCUGUUGACCUCCGACGAAGAGUUGUCAGCAGACGCCACGGACGUCUCCGUGCAUAACCAUGGAAAAAAGCAGACGGAGUCGGUGAUGAAUGGGACAGCCAAGAGGUCCGUCGAUUCUCCGGUCAGAGCUGCACCAGCAGCAACAACGGCGGCGGCGACGACAACGUCGACGAUUACAACGACGGUAGUUGAACCGCCGGUCCCGGUCGUAGCCCCCAAGAAAUGUACGACCGGUCCCGGUCGUAGCCCCCAAGUCACGGGUUGCGCAUUCUUCGUCGGCGGAAGGCAACCGCAUCCCGGUGCCGACGGCCGCCAUCAAACACCGACGCUCAAUCAGCGACGCGCGAAACCUUUAGAGAGGAAGCGGUUGGCGAGUGUCCGAGACUCGGGACACGGACGGCGUGGCUCGUUGGGGGAAGCAUCGGCAGCAGCAGCAGCAGCCGCCGCCAAGCCGAGUCAGAAGGAGACGAAACCGUGUCCGCCGCCCAAACGGGUGCCGACGGUGACGUAUUCCCGCGUGACGCCGACGGGUCUGUCGGUGACGUCGCGGCAAGAGCGGCUGGAGAAGCUGUACGUUGCGCUGUAUGACGCGGAUCCGUUUACGGCCACUGCCCAGGCCGUGGCCCAGGAGGAGUCGGUGUGCAUCAAGUCCAAGACGAAGCAGAGCUACCUGAGCAACAUGACCAACGCCAUCCUGAGUGUGCGCAAGCUCAACGAUGACAAGAAGAACAAGUCUAUGGGCGGCAGCAGUGGUGGCUUGGGUGUGUCCCACGCGGAAAUCCUGGCCGGCAAGAACGGACAGAAGAAUUCGUGGAGUGUGGAAAAGAAGCGGGCGCCGAUGGACGAGAACGUGAUGCGGAACGUGUUCUACGAACUGCUGCUCAAAUACAAGCUGACGGACGACCAGUUGCGGGACCUGAAUUUUCCCAGGCCGGAUCCGGACGACCCGCACAGGGCCAGGUUCCCCGGGCUGGAAAACGACUUGGAGCGCAGAAAGCUGCACGAGAACCUGGUCAAGUUCAAGAAGAACCCGGAGGCCAUGCCGCGGCGGUGCGUGCGAUGCGGCAAGGCGGUGACGGUGGACAAGAACUUGGUGCCGAUCGGCGACUGUUCCUACCACCCGAAGCGGUCCUUUUCCCGCCGCGGGCCAGGCGGCAUCGAGAAGACGUACCUGUGCUGCAACAUGGACUUCAACAGCGACGGCUGCUCGAGUGCCGACAAGCACGUGGUGGACCUGUUCGACCCCUGGCAGCAGUUUGGCUACUGCAGCACCAAGCCCGAGUCGGGCCAUGGUGGCCCACAGCAGCAGACCCCGCAGGUGUACGCUGUCGACUGCGAGAUGGUGUACACGACGCAGGGCGUGGAGCUGGCCCGGGUGACGGUCGUCGACUAUGACGGCGGUCGGAAGUACGACGCCCUCGUCAAGCCGCCCAACAUCGUGCUGGACUACAACACGCGGUUCUCCGGCAUCACGGAGGGCGACUUGGACAGUGUGACGCGGACGCUGGGCCAGGUGCAGAAGGAGUUGCGGGAAUUUAUUUCGGCGGAGACGAUGUUGUUGGGCCACAGUUUGGAGUCGGACCUCAAGGCCCUGAAGAUGAUUCAUGGCACGGUGGUGGACACGAGCAUUGUCUGGCCUCACAACCGCGGGCUGCCGUUUAAGAAGGCGCUGAGGACGCUGUGCCAAGACAUGUUGGGGGACAUUAUUCAGAAUGAAGGAGCGGGUGGACACGACAGCUUGGAAGACGCUUACGCAUGUAUGAAACUGAUGAAGAAAAGGGCGAAUGAUGAUUUGCAGAAAGCAAUGCGGAAUUGAUAUUUCCGCGCGCCGGUCUGUUUUACGUUCGUGUGCUGCCUCAAUUUUGAAUACUUUUUUUUUUUUUGAUGUGAUCUCAAAUGAAAUACUUGCUGAAAUUAAGAGGAGCGAUUCCGGGA